CCGAAUAUCUUUCUUUUCGCUCUGUAUGUAUUUUGGUGUGUUUGCUUCUCUCUGAAGCUCUUCAGUUCGCAUAAAGGAGAACGCAUCUUCUGGGGUUAGGGUUUUUGGAUCGGGUGAUCUGCGAGCGUCCGCUGCCAUGGCCGAGCACGAGGAGACGAAAGGCGAGUCCAUGAUGGAGAAGGUAGCGGAGAAGAUCCACGGAGGUGACUCCUCCUCCUCCUCCUCCUCGUCUGAUUCCGAAGACGAGAAGCCUUCCGAGAUGAAGGCGAAGAUCUUCCGCCUCUUUGGAAGGGAGAAGCCUGUCCACAAGGUCUUCGGCGGCGGUAAACCGGCCGAUGUGCUUCUGUGGAGGAAUAAGAAGAUUUCAGCUGGUGCUCUCGGUGUUGCCACCGCCAUAUGGGUCCUGUUCGAGUUGAUGGAGUAUCACCUCCUGACCCUGGUCUGCCAUGGGUUGAUCCUCGUCCUCGCAGUCUUGUUCUUGUGGGCCAACGCGACCACCUUCAUCAACAAGUCUCCACCACGCAUACCUGAGGUGUACAUUCCAGAGGAGCCUGUCCUGCAGUUUGCCUCUGCUCUUAGACUCGAGAUUAAUCGUGCUGUUUCUGUGUUGAGGGAUAUCGCAUCAGGAAGAGAACUGAAGAAGUUUCUAGCUGUGAUCGCUGGCUUGUGGGUUCUGUCAAUUGUGGGAACCUGGUGCAACUUCCUGACCUUGUUCUACAUAGUGUUUGUGUUGCUGCACACCGUGCCUGUUCUCUAUGAAAAGUAUGAGGACAAGAUCGACCCGCUCGCUGAGAAGUUGACGAUUGAGCUCAAGAAGCAGUAUGCAGUGUUUGACGCGAAGGUGUUGAGCAAGAUCCCGAGGGGACCAUUGAAGGACAAGAAGCACUGAAUCAGCGGCUGGACUCCAGGCUGUGGUAGUUGUGUUUCUAAACUGUUGUGAAAAUCUAUGCAUCAUUGGUUAAACCCCGUCUCGGUCUUUUGUUUUCCCAGUGUAUUUGGGGUCUCAAUGUGGGUGAAUCUGGAAGUUUCAUAGAUGAUGUUUCCCUGCUUACAUAUCUUGCAUGGAUUUAUAUAAGCUUUAGGAUGCACUUGGCGUCGGCAUAACUUAUGGUUAUGAUAUUGCAAGUAGUGGUUUGUACAUGUUGAAUUUAUUAACUCUCUCUUACUCUACCUGCUAUCCUCUAGAAUGGGUCUCUUCCGUUU